AUGACCCUCCUUGCAGAGUUUGAGGUAGGCAUGAAAGGUAAGUGGGCCGAGACCUGGCAGAAGACGAUUUCCUUAGAGGAGAGACUGGAGAGCUGUCUGGCUGGACAAGCUGGGUUGCGUGGUGACCUCGAGGGUCUGGCAGGUGAAUCGGCUGGAGAGCAAAGGCAGCUCCUUGUUAGCAUGCUAGAGAAGCAAGCAGCAGCAUUGGAGCAAGCAACAACAAAGCAGUUGAGCAGCGACAAAAGGAUUGAGCAGCUGAAGCGGAGUCUGGAUAUGGCCCAUUCUGAAGCUGCUAGACUAAGGGCUACGUAUGAGGAUGACUUGAGGACCACUCGAUGGGUGGUCGACCGGGUCACCAGGUUGGAAUUGCUGGUAGACCAGCUAAGAAAUAAAGAUGCGGCGAUCCGGCAAGAGUUGGGGAUAGAUCCGGAGCAGGGCAUUCGGCGGGCUGCCGCAGGGAACGAUGCUGAUAGCGUUGCACCUCCUGUGGAGCACCAUGUUCUUUCUCCUGAAAACCCGGGACGAGCUGAUGAAGGGUAUGACGAUGAGUGGUGGGGUGAGCAUCAUGCCAAUGAGUACGUGGGGCUAGGUGGCGCUGAGAAGGGAUACUUCCAGUGGGAUGCGCUGGGACAUGGAGCUAGCCCGGGAGUUGAGGUGAAGAUACCUCAGCCUGCGUUCAAGUUACUGAAGGAUGCUCCUAAGCUGGACUUGUCUGCGGGGGGAGAGCCAUGGGAGGUUGGAAUGACAGUGCAUCAGUGGCGAGUUGAGACUAGGACGGUCCUGACUGCCAUUCAUCCCUGUUUUGCAGAGUACUUCGAUAAGAUCUACGAUCAGGGGCGAAAGCGAUAUGAGGCUAAGAGGCUGACCGGAUUGGAGGAGCCAGUGCCAGAAGUUUUGGCGCCAGAGGCCGAGAUGGAAACGAGAUUGUCGCUGGCUCUCUUGAAGAAUCUUCCUUUGGCGGUUCGCCAGCCGAUCGAUGUCGAAGAACGUUCGAUGCCUCUUGAUGCUUGA